GGGCCCGAUGAGCGGCGGCCUCGGCCUCCGGCGCAGCCCGGAAAUGUCCGGCAAGAUCGAGAAAGCAGACUCCCAGCGUUCUCAUCUCUCCUCCUUCACCAUGAAGCUGAUGGACAAAUUCCACUCACCCAAAAUCAAGAGAACACCAUCGAAGAAGGGCAAACCAGCUGACGUGUCUGUGAAAAUUCUAGAGAAGCCUGUGAACAAAGAGGCAACAGACAGAUUCCUACCAGAGGGCUGCCCUCUCCCCUUGGAUCUGGAGCGGCAGGCAGUAGAAUUUAUGUCCACCAGUGCUGUGGCUUCCAGGUCUCAAAGGCAGAAGAACCUGAGCUGGCUGGAAGAGAAAGAGAAGGAGGUUGUCAGUGCCUUGCGCUACUUUAAGACUAUUGUGGACAAAAUGGUUAUUGAUAAGAAGGUAUUGGAGAUGCUUCCGGGGUCAGCCAGCAAGGUGCUGGAGGCCAUCUUACCACUGGUGCAGAGCGACCCUCGAAUUCAGCACAGCUCAGCCCUCUCAUCCUGCUACAGCCGAGUGUACCAAAGUCUUGCCAACCUCAUUCGCUGGUCUGACCAAGUGAUGCUAGAAGGUGUGAACUCUGAAGAUAAAGAGAUGGUGACAACAGUGAAGGGGGUCAUCAAGGCUGUGCUGGAUGGAGUGAAGGAGCUGGUCAGACUCACCAUUGAGAAGCAGGGGCAUCCAUCUCCAACAAGCCCAGUGAAACCCAGCUCCCCAGCUUGCAAACCCGAUGGCCAGGCUGAGCUCCCCCUGACAGAUCGAGAGAUGGAGAUUCUGAGCAAGACAGCUGGCACGUCACAGUCAACUGAGCUGCUCCCAGACUCUGCUGAUGAAGAGGUCGCGCCCCCCAAGCCCCCCUUGCCUGGCAUUCGGGUCGUUGAUAAUAGUCCUCCGCCAGCAUUGCCACCGAAGAAGAGGCAGUCGGCUCCGUCCCCGACCCGCGUGGCCGUCGUGGCCCCCAUGAGUCGAGCCACCAGUGGCUCCAGUUUGCCUGUUGGAAUUAAUAGGCAGGAUUUUGAUGGGGACUGUUAUGCCCAGAGGCGCCUGUCAGGAGGCAGCCACUCCUACGGCGGAGAGUCGCCCCGCCUGUCCCCCUGCAGCAGCAUCGGCAAGCUCAGCAGGUCAGACGAGCAGCUGUCCUCUUUGGACAGGGACAGCGGCCAGUGCUCCCGGAACACAAGCUGUGAAACACUAGAUCAUUAUGAUCCUGACUACGAAUUCCUUCAGCAAGACCUCUCGAGUGCAGACCAGAUACCUCAGCAAGCAGCCUGUAACCUUAGCCCCUUGCCGGAGUCCUUGGGCGAGUCUGGAUCUUCGUUUCUUGGCCAUCCUUUCCAGUUGCCUCUUAGCAACUGCCCCCAACCAGACGGGCCCUUGGCCCCAGGGCAGCAGACGGACACGCCACCUGCUCUCCCGGAAAAGAAGCGCAGGAGUGCGGCCUCCCAGACCACGGACAGUUCUGGCUGCAGGGUGUCCUACGAGCGCCACCCUUCCCAGUACGACAACAUCUCCGAGGAUGACCUGCAGAGCUCGGCCUCGGUCCAGCCGGUGCCCUUCACGCCCUUUGCUGCUAUUCUCCCCUUCCAGCAAGGAGGCUCCUCAGCCUCUGUCGAAUUUAUGGGUGAUUUCGCUGCUCCUGAAUCAACGGGUGACCCAGAAAAACCGCCUCCUCUACCAGAGAAGAAAAACAAACACAUGCUGGCCUACAUGCAGCUGCUGGAGGACUACUCGGAGCCGCAGCCGUCCGUGUUCUACCAGACGCCGCAGAACGAACAUGUGUACCAGCAGAAGAACAAGCUCCUCAUGGAGGUGUAUGGCUUCAACGACUCCUUCAGCAGCACGGACGCCCCACAGGAGCUGGCGCCGCCCCCCGCCCUGCCUCCCAAGCAGCGGCAGCUGCAGGCCUCUUAUGCUGCUUCUUCCUUCUCCUCUGUCUCCUACUGUGUCCAGCAAACUAAAGUGGCCUUCACCCCCGAGGACGGCAGUGCCACUCAGGGCAUCAGUGUGUCCGUCUCUAACUCCUUUCUCAGCCGGCAUGGCAACUUACCUGUGCCCUCGUAUAAAUCUGUGUUUAGGUCCUACUCCCAGGACUUCGUGCCUCACAACCAAGCUUCCGUACAACCUUUCCUCCCAUCUGCCUCCUCUUCCUCUCCACACUUCCCACCUGUCCACCAGUCUCAGAGCUCGGACCUAGCGGUGCCGCUCGCCGCCAGUCCGCCUCCCGGCACCGUGGACGGGCCUCUCUCGCCUUCUCAGGAGAGCACCUAUCACGGAAACACUGUCUGCCUUCCUUCCGAAACCUCUUUCACUGACUCGCCCCAGACGCCUUCGAGCGAAAACACCAGCGAGGAGGCUGGUGAGGGUGAAUACGUCAGUCUGUAUUCCUCUGGCCAGAGCAGCGAGGAGCUGGCUCCCUCUCGAGGAGAAUCACCAGCUGUGAAAGAUGGACAUCCCAGAGACCCCUCUUCAGUCGGCAGUGUCCCGGGGAAGGAGAACAGAGAUGGUGGAGAAAGGUCCCCGAAGUCACCAGAUGCUACCGAGUCGGCUCAGUCGGAGGAGGAAGUGGAUGAGCUGUCCCUCAUCGACCACAAUGAAAUCAUGGCCAGGCUGACACUCAAGCAGGAGGGUGAUGACGGGCCCGAUGUCCGUGGAGGAUCUGGGGAUAUCCUGCUGGUCCACGCUACUGAGACAGACAGGAAAGACUUGGUGCUGUAUUGCGAGGCCUUCCUGACCACCUACAGGACCUUCAUCAGCCCCGAGGAGCUCAUCAAGAAGCUGCAGUACAGAUACGAGAAGUUCUCUCCCUUCACUGACACAUUCAAGAAGCGCGUCAGCAAGAACACGUUCUUUGUGCUGGUGCGGGUGGUGGAUGAGCUCUGCCUCGUGGAGCUGACAGAAGAGAUCUUGAAGCUGCUGAUGGAACUGGUCUUCCGCUUGGUGUGCAAUGGAGAGCUCAGCUUGGCCCGUGUGCUCCGGAAGAACAUCCUAGACAAGGUGGACCAGAAGAAGCUGCUCAGAUGUGCCAACUCCGACCAGCCCCUGGCGGCCAGGGGUGUAGCAGCCAGGCCCGGGACGUUGCAUGACUUUCACAGCCAUGAAAUAGCUGAGCAGCUGACCCUGCUGGAUGCCGAGCUCUUUUAUAAAAUAGAGAUUCCUGAGGUUUUGCUUUGGGCAAAAGAGCAGAACGAGGAGAAGAGCCCCAACCUGACCCAGUUCACAGAGCACUUCAACAACAUGUCCUACUGGGUCCGGUCAAUAAUCAUGUUGCAGGAGAAGGCCCAGGACCGGGAGCGGCUGCUCUUAAAGUUCAUCAAGAUCAUGAAGCAUUUACGAAAGCUCAACAACUUCAACUCCUACCUGGCCAUCCUCUCGGCACUGGACUCGGCGCCCAUCCGCAGGCUGGAGUGGCAGAAGCAGACCUCAGAGGGCCUGGCUGAGUACUGCACACUGAUUGACAGCUCGUCCUCCUUCCGCGCCUACCGGGCCGCCCUCUCGGAGGUGGAGCCCCCGUGCAUCCCGUACCUGGGGCUCAUCCUGCAGGACCUCACCUUCGUGCACCUGGGGAACCCAGACUAUAUUGACGGCAAGGUGAACUUUUCCAAACGGUGGCAGCAGUUCAACAUCCUGGACAGCAUGCGCUGCUUCCAGCAGGCGCAUUAUGACAUCCGGAGAAAUGAUGACAUCAUAAACUUCUUCAACGACUUCAGUGAUCAUCUGGCCGAGGAGGCGCUAUGGGAACUCUCUCUGAAAAUUAAACCCAGGAACAUAACAAGGAGAAAAACAGACCGGGAAGAGAAGACCUAGGAGCAGAUGCUGUGAGCAAGCAGAACGCUCAGAGAGACGCAGUGUGGCUCUGAGACCGGAAGGGACUUUGGACCUGUUACAGGGCAGCAGCACCUGUCCGGCCUCAGCCACUGGCCCGGCAGGGCAGGAGCCCGGAGCCCGGAGCCUGGGCAGCUUCCUGCCCCUCCUCCCAUGAGCGGAGCCCAGCACAGAGCCAGCAGGCAGGUCUCGUUGCUGAUUAGUGAACCGGUGGUUUUCUCGUUUGAUUUCUGCUUUCGUGUCUGUCUCCCCCUCCCUGUUCCUCCUGCUCCCCCUCCAGCCUGAAAGCAGACCAAGGAACAGCAGGAUCUUCACCCCUCCCUGACUUCCAGGGUCCUGGAUCUGCUGACGUGACAAAUGAGUGGAGGCUCAAGGACCCUUGUGGGGGCUGUACUGCUGGUGACCUUGAAUGAAGGGGACACUUAGCUUGGUGGGCAGAGAGCAGAGCUGACUUGGGGGAGACUCCUCUUGCUUUCCAGCCCUGCUUUUUCAAAUGGAGGGUGGUGAGCGGCUCACUGCCGCGAAAGGUACGACAGGUGGCUUUCAGCAGCCCUGGAGCUCGGAGCUCCAGUCACGGUACAGCCCUCAGCGUCGCCCUGCUGCCGGCUGGCACCAGGCCUCUGCCAGGCUUGAGCAGUAAGGAGUGGUGUCUGCCGUCUUUCAGCCCCCCCCACCCCCUGGCACACCCCCAUCACAUGGCGCUCUGGGGAGCUGGGAAGAAGUUGGAGCGAGAGAGGACUUGACCAUUCAAGAAAUAUAUUUUAGCUGAGCUGGGCCCGUAGCUCUUGGGUGAGUGAAUUCAGAGACAGGGGAGUAGAGGGGCGUUUCUGUCCUAGGGGAGGCCAGUGGCCUCUCCUCUGUCACUUGCUGUGUGCCUUAAACUCCAUCUCCGGUCCCCCCACACACACACGGGCUCCCCUCCUGCCAUAUUCCAUCCUGGUGGGCGACAGGGACCCCUCCUGUUCAUGAGACCUGUCCACCAAUGCUGUCUGCUCUCCCCUGGGAAGGACAGUGUCCCUGAGGGGCCAGGACUGGGCUGUACAGCCACACCCUAGCCCGGGGGCAGGCCUGCUGUCUCCGGAGAGCAUCUUCAGAACAGAUGCUUUUCUGUCCUGUUCGAACCACUCUUGCUGCUGAGGUUGACAAUCCAAGGCCAGGUCUGCAGGGCCCCCCCACACCCAGGUGCCCGGCUGGAGCCCCCACGCGCUGUGUAUUGUGUGGUGGAGUGCUCACCUGUCUGUGGUUGGCCCCUUGUCACGCAGACUCCAGGACCUAACUGUGCUUAGCCCAGAACAAAGAAAAGUAGAAAGUGACAUCUGUUGAUCAUUUAGAUUUUGUUUUUAAAGAAACAACCAUGUCACUUUGAGUCCUUCAUGGGUUUUGAUAAGCUUUUAUCAGGAAGCAAAGUUGGGCUGGGCUUUUCCCUCUCGUUUGCCCUGUACCUGGAGGGGAGAGGCUAUGAAAUGUUGUUAGGGUCCCUCUGGCGGUGAUCCUGCCGCUGCGGGCCGGAACACGUCACUUUAUUAUUUAAGGAGUGUGUGUGUUUAGUCACUGUUCACUGGCAGUGCUCCGUGUGGGUUGGUUUUCAUCUGUGCCUGCGUCUUCAGUCCUCACUUCAGUGUCCCCGGCCUGCCCAGCUCUGCCCGUGUCGCUGUGCCCUCGGGGCCCCAGGGUUGGGGCAGCCGCGGCUCCCCUGUGCUUUGGAGAGCCCCCGGGUCUCCCCCCACAGCCCAGGCAGACCCUCAGCCUCGGAAACCCAGCCACUCGCAGACAGCUGCGGCCUGCGGCCUGUCCGCCCGGUCCUCGGCCAGGAGCUGAUGAGGGGGGCCUCUACCUUCCUCGAUCCAGAAGCCCUGCGCACCCUCCCCGAGCCCUUGGCAGUGUGAGCAGAGGGGUGCCAGGCAAGCGGGGGGGCGGUGACCCCGACGUGAGGACAGCAGUGCAGCGUGUGUGUUAACUUAUUGGCUGAUGGGCUCCCCACCUCUGCCUCCCCAGACACUCUGGGCUCAGGGUGUUGCCGAACCCCGUGCCUGCGCGGCAGCCCGGCUGUGAGUUGUCUGCCGGGAGCAGGGUGGGAACGACCCUGAGGACAGGCAGAAACACGAGCGGGCGGCGCGGCUCCCUGCAGGUGCAGGUGCAGCCAAGGAGAGCUCAGGCUGGCGCCGUGUCUGAGAGAACCCAAUUCUGGGAGCACCCCCUGCCCCCCCCAGUGUUACAUUGUAAUAUAUGUUCCCACUAACCUGGCUCAUAGCGGCAUCUUCUGCGGACAUUUCAGCCUGUAACUCGUGAGAGAAAAUGAACACAGAUGGAAGUGCUGCUGCCUGUGCGCCG